CAAGCCGGUUCCAAACAACAAUAUAAAGGGAGCCCCAGGUGCUCACAUGCUUUGAUCCAUCCUCUCCUCCCACCCUUCUUGCUAAUAGCUGCUGGUUGUGCAGCGGGCCACGCCAAGAACGCUUCUUCGAUCACCAAGAACACAUCUUCUAUCCUACUCUCCAAGUCUCCAGUCAUGAUGCCCAUGGGAUACUUCCGGGCGCCGAGGCGGCUGUACGGGAGGAAGUUCUCGGAGAGGGAGCUCAACGUCAACGGCAAGGGCUUGCAAGCCAGCCUGCUUAUGGACACCGCCCCGGACGAGGUGCCCAAGGGGUACUUCGCGGUGUACGUCGGCGCAGAGGCGAGGCGGUUCGUGGUGCCGACGAGCUACCUCCGUCAGCCGGCGUUCCGAGAGCUGAUGGAGCGCGCAGCCGAGGAGUUUGGCUUCAACCAGGCUGGCGGGCUCCGCAUCCCCUGCCGCGAGGAGGAUUUCCAGGCCACGGUUGCCGCGCUCAAGGUGCGGCGCCAUUGGCGACGGCCAAGCACGAGGAGCGGGGGCAAGAUGGAUACGACGGUCAAGGCUUGGUAGAUGGACAUGCUGAUUUCAUACGUAGGAGAACACAUUUCUUUUGAUUCUUUGGUAUUGUAGAGCAGUGCUGCUGUACUAUAUAGAUGGAAUGUGAAACUAGCAUGGCAUAAAAGAAGGGAACAGAGUUUUGGAA